AUGCCUUUGACAACUUCCAACGUCCUGCUGCUCCUUCUUGUGCCGGUGGUCUUCGUCUGGACCAGCCGUACCUACCACCUGAUCGUCAACUACCUGGCCGCACGCAAGUUGGGCAUUCCCACCGUGGUCAUCCCAGUCUCAUGGCAAGACACGUGGUGGGUUUUGAUCUGGGGAAACUUCCGCUGGCUGCGACAUGCACCCCUGAUCGGGCACUGGAUAGAUUUCGGGCAUCAUAACUGGGCGCAGGAAUUGCGCUGGCGACCUCACCGAACCUACGGCGACGCGUUUGUCGUCGUGUCGCCCAAGAAGAACGAGAUCAUGAUCAACGACCCGACGGCCGGCGUGGAGCUGCAGACGCACUACAAGGCCUGGAUCAAGCCGCAGCCACUAUACAGCAUCUUCGAGACAUUCGGCAAGAACGUGCUCAGCGUCAACGGCGAGGACUGGCAGCGCCACCGCAAGAUCGUCAACCCGGCCUUUCGCGAACAGAACAACAGACUGGUCUGGGAGGAGUCGCUCAAGCAGGCCAGACAGAUGCUACAGGUGGCCAGCGGUCGGCCAGGUGCGUCGCAGACCCUUCUCGACGUGCGUCACGACUGCGUUCUCAUCGCCCUGCAUGUCCUUUCCGCGGCUGGCUUCGGGCAUGCCCAUGACUUUGACGGUGGCUUGCGUGUCAUCCCGCCGGGUCAUACCAGGAGCUUGGCCGAGGCGUUGAUGUUCCUGCUCCAGAAGAUCCUGCUCGUGCUGUUGAGCACGAAAUUCCGCGUCUUUGGUUGGAUCAUGCCACGCAAACACAAGGAGGUCACAGAAGUUGUGCAGGAAUUCCGCCAGUAUAUGAGAGAGAUUGUCGCUUACAAUCGCGCCACAACGCAGGGCGGCGGUGGUGGCAAGGCCGCCGAUAUCGUCAGUGCCUUGGUCGAGGCUGAUGAGGCUGCGAAGCGAGAAGAAAAGACUGCCGGGUUGGGCAUGGGUGCCAAACCAAUGUAUCUCAGCGACGAGGAGCUCUUGGGCAAUCUGUAUGUUUUCAACCUGGCCGGGUUCGAAACCACCGCGAACGCCUUGACCUAUACCUUCCCCUUUCUCGCUGCCAAUCGAGAAGUGCAGGAUUGGGCAGGCCAGGAGGUCGAUGCGGUGCUGCAAGGGACCGAUGCUCCGGAUUAUGAACGGGUCUUCCCGUCGCUGGUCAGAUGUCUUGCGCUGAUGUACGAAACUCUACGCCUCUGGGGACCCGUGCCAGACAGCACUCGCUGGUGUGCCGGAGACUUCCAGACUCUACGGGUCAAAGACCACGAAAUGAUCAUCCCGGCCGAGACGUACGUGUCGACGAACUUCUAUGGCCUGCACAGUGACCCGCGCUGGUGGGGAGCUGACAGUCUCGAAUGGCGGCCUCAACGCUGGAUCCAGACCGACCGCAAGACCGGCAAGGAGUCUAUCGCCCCGCCUCCUCCAGGCGCCGCCUUCAUGCCGUGGAGCACGGGGCCUCGCGUCUGUCCCGGCCGCAAAUUCAGCCAGGUGGAGUUUGUCGCGGUGAUCUCGUCAUUGCUGCAGGACUACCGACUUGAGCCAUUGGUGAUCUGGGGCAGGAUGCAGACGAAAGAGCAGGCAAGACAAGCACUCCUGGACGUGGUGGAGGAUUCGCACAACGUCAUCACUCCUAAGAUGAGACGACCUGGAGACGCGGGAGUCGUGUUCAUCAAGCGGUGA